CCCCAGAAUGAAGGUUUGGGUGGAACGAGUCCAAGAGAACAAAUGUACAGGAUCAGAAGAGGACAUCCGGCAGGAGUGUCUUAGCUUAGCUGAUGUUGCUAACCAGUCUAUUCUGUUCUUCUCCUCAGCACUGCAUUCUUCAAAGGCCUUUGGAUCAGGUUGGAGGAAGGUUCUGCACCAGUUUUACCCUUUUGAAACUCUAGGAGACUUGAUGGGCACAGACAGCAUACGAUGCAGUACUGCCAUCUUCUCUGCACUUCCUUAUAUCCCUUUCUAUGCUAAGGAAGUUGUGGAAUAUGAGGAUGAAUUGGAUCCAGAGACUAGAGGAAAUUUGCGAGACCACAUCAUUGAGGAGCUGAGCAAUGCAGGAUUAACAGGAAUUGAAAAGUGUUUAAAAAUGUACAAAAAGGUUUAAGAGACUACUUUUGAAACUAAAUGAUUUGGUUAUUAUCAAAGAAUGGAAUCUUGAUAUGUUUUAUAUUGUAUCACAUUUUUAAGUUAGAAAAUAUAAAGGUAUCUUUUUUCCUCUGCAGUUUCUUAUAUAUGUAUUUAUUUAUAUGUAAGAAUGGCAAAUCAAAUCCCAUGCAAUUAAUUCUUUUGUAACUAGUUAUGCAAUUUUUCAUACAUACAGUAUAUUCUCUUCCAUAUUAAUUAGGUCACAAAGCUUUCCUGAACUAACAUUUGAACUUCUAUAUACUUUCAAAUUUAGAUUGUAUCUUUGAAGAACUCUAUUCCCCACAAAUGUCUUUUAAUGAUGGGUUCCAUAUUCUCUUAUACUACAUAUAUUUCUUCCAUUUCAAUGUGUUUUCACAAAUAUACAGUUUGAAGUAAAA